AUGUGCGGAAGAUAUGCAUUACCGGUUGAGCCAAAAGAUUUGCCUUCCGAAUUCGGAAAGCAGCAUCUUGAAGUUGAUGAACAAAUAGACAUGAACAGGGCAACCAAUCACAGAUAUAAUAUUGGACCAACAGAGUACGCACCAGUAUACUAUAUGCGACUCUCGCAUAAGACUGAAGAGAGAUACGAUGAUACGGUAAGGCAUUUAAUAAGAUAUAUGAUGUGGGGUAUGAUACCCAAAUGGAUCAAGGAUAAAGCACAGAUCAAAAGUGGAAUACCUACAUUUAAUGCCAGAUACGAAAAAAUUGGCAAGAACAGAUUGUGGGUCUCGUCUGUUAAUCAGAGAUGUGUGAUUCCUAUUAUGGGGUAUUACGAAUGGAAAAAGGCUGAUCAGACAACUGGGAAGAAGCAGAAACAGCCAUAUUACAUAAAGCGUAAGGAUGGGAAAUUAAUGUUCCUAGCAGGGCUUUACUCGAGGUCUGUGAUUGACGGUGAAGAUGUAUUUUCAUACACCAUCGUUACAUGGAAUGCACCAAAGUGUUUGGAGUGGCUUCAUGACCGUAUGCCAGUUGUUUUAGAUCCUGAUACAGACGAUUUUAGCAACUGGCUCAAUCCUGGUGGAGGUAAAAAGCACUGGAACGAUGUCAAGGAUUUGCUCAAAAUAUACGAUGGUAAAUCGAGAAAGUUGGAGUGGUAUGCUGUGGAUAGAAAAGUGGGAAAUAUGAAAAAUGAGGAUCCUUCCUUUGUGAAGCCGUUGGAUGAUUCAAAUGGUAUCAUGGGACUUUUGGGGCGUAAUGUCAAGCGUGAAGCUAGAAUUAAGACAGAGCCAAAGUCGAGUCUUGAAGAUGGUCAUGUUUCGGAUAACUUACCAUCGCAAGUCAAGUUAGAAAGUCCAGUAAAAACAAAGAUAAAGACUGAGGCAGUAUCACCUUUGAAGAGCAAAAAGCGUACACUCGAUAGCUGGUUAUCCCCAUCUAAAAAGCGUCAAAGAAAGGUAAAACCAGAAAAGUGA